UCUCACACUCGGUAGCAGUGUGGAGUCGACCCUGAUGAUGAUGGAGUGGGUGCUAGUGGUGGCGCUCCUGUUAUCACUAGCAGUGCUGUGGCCCCCGGGGGCCCGGCGGCUCGCUCUGUUCCUGCACGAUGCACUCUUCAUCGUGCGCUCGGCCAGGUUGAAGCGGACGGUCCGGCGCUGGAUGCAGCAAGGGGCGCUCAGUCUGCCGGGGCUCUUCCAGCUGCAGCUCCGGAGCUCCCCGGACUCCGUCUUCCUCCUAUUCCGGGAUCAGAAGGUCACCUACCGGCAGCUGGAGGAGAGCAGCAACCGGGCCGCCAAUGCCCUGCUGCCCAGCACCACACCGGGGGCCACCGUGGCCCUCCUGCUGCCCAACGAGCCCAGAUUCCUCACAGCCUGGUUCGCAUUGGCCAAACUCGGGCAGAUCGCUGCCUUCCUGAACACCAAUGUCCGUAGAGGGGCCCUAAAACACUGCCUGGGGGCCAGCGGGGCCCGGGGCCUCAUCACCAGCCCAGAGCUCUUCGAAGCCGUGCGGGAGAUCCUCCCCGAUGUGCGGGAGAUGGGGGUCACGGUGUGGGUGAUGGGCCCCGGGGAUUACCCCGAUGAUGUCAUCAACCUCCAGGCUCUGAUGGACGCCGCCACGGUCAGCCCCCCGCCCGCAGACCUCAGCGCCGUGAAGAACCCCAUGGAGACCGCCAUCUGCAUCUUCACCUCCGGGACGACGGGGUUGCCCAAAGCAGCUCGGAUCAGCCACCUGAAGACCCUGAUGUGCUGCGUCUUCUACCAGCUGUGCGGCGCGAACGCCGGCGACGUCAUCUACAUGUCUCUGCCGCUCUACCACAAAUCGGGCGUCCUGCUGGGGGUCGGAGGUUGCAUCGGUGUCGGGGCAUCGCUGGUCCUGAAAGAACGCUUCUCCGCCAGCCAGUUCUGGAACGACUGCAACAAGUACAACGUCACCAUCUUCCAGUAUAUCGGGGAGCUGUGCCGAUACCUCACCAACCAGCCACAGACUGACGGUGAGAAGAACCAUAGAGUGCGCCUGGCGGCGGGCAGUGGGCUCCGCCCCGACGUCUGGAAGGAUUUCUCGCAACGAUUCGGGAAAAUUAAAAUUUUUGAGACCUAUGGCAUGACCGAGUUCAAUAUCAGCUUUUUCAACUACACGGGGACACCCGGGGCUAUCGGCAGGGGCACCUACCUGUACAAGCAAUUCUGCCCAUUCGAUCUCAUCCGCUUCGAUACACAGGAGGGGGAGCCAAUCAGAGACUCGCAGGGGCGGUGUCAGCGCACAAGUACAGGAGAGACGGGUCUUCUUAUUUCACCGGUCACCACCAUGUCGCCAUUUUUGGGUUACGUUGGCAGUCGGGAGUUGUCAGAGGGGAAGCUGUUGAGGGAUGUUUUCCAGAAGGGUGACUGUUACUUUAACACGGGGGAUCUGAUGGCGCAGGACAACCUCGGGUUCGUCUACUUCAGAGACCGGACCGGUGACACGUUCAGGUGGAAGGGGGAGAAUGUGGCCACCACGGAGGUCUCGGAGAUCUUGAGUGGGCUGGACUUCUUCCAGGAGGUCAACGUCUACGGGGUCACCAUUCCAGGACAUGAAGGUCGGGCCGGCAUGGCAGCCGUCACUGUGCGUUCGGACCACGAGCUGAAUUUGGAUCGAGUGUUCUCUUAUGUGAUGGAGGUUCUUCCGUCUUAUGCCCGUCCACGCUUCCUCAGAGUCAUGGAACACAUGGAGACCACUGGGACCUUCAAGCAGCAGAAGCAACGAUUGGUCAAAGAAGGUUUUUCACCGUUGACCAUCUCGGAUCCUCUGUAUCUCCUGGAUGAAGGCUCCCGCUCCUAUCGUUCGCUCACAGAAGACCUUUACUCCCAGAUCUUAUCUUCAGAAUUCCGAGUUUAGGCGUUGCCUCUAUCAAACGUGGUUCCUCAAGGACCACACAACGGCCGCUGUCAGUUUAGAGAGCCUCAAUCCCGUCCUAGUUCUGUAGAGCAACGUUUCACCGGGCGGCCGUGGUUUUGUAGGGGGCGGUGAAGUCUCCAGGUUGGAAGGUCAAUCAUUCUAUCUGGCCAUCACGCUGUAUCUCAAGUGCCUUAUUACCUCCAGGAGUUGGCCGUGAUGGACCACUGGUGGCUUUUGGUUGGAGGACGGUACGGGAAUACAGGGGGGAAUUUUACAGGGUGGACUGAAACUUUUUGUUUUUAUCUUUUUGCCCAAAUAGUUUUCUUAGAUUGUAAU